UUUGAUUAGUUUCUAAUACUUUUAAUACAGUACUUCUACUCUGUACGGUAGGCCUACCUAUUUAUCCAUGAAUGAAAUUUAAUAUUGUUGACUGCAUUACCGUAUGAGUUUACAGCAAAUAUAGUCUACUAUAAUAUACAUUUCUCAAACAUUUUUAAAAUUUGCCUAUUCUUAAUUUCUAAUUCUCGCAAUAAUCUUUUUAGUUUCUAAUCAAACAUUUCAAGCAUCUAAUUAAACAUAAUUGAAAUUAGAUAGGUCUCCUGUCACGGGUGAGGUGUGUGGAUUGUGGAGUGCCGCAGGGCUCAAUUCUGGGUCCUCUGCUUUUCUUGCUCAUGAUCAAUGAUGUAGCUCUUUCUAGGGACAGAAUGGUGGUGUGUUAUGCGGAUGACACCUCCCUCCUGGAUGUUGGCAGGAGUCUGGAUGAUGUGAGCACACUAAUGCAGGCGUCCAUGGAAGUGGCGGCUGACUGGUUCUCUGCAAACAGGUUUCUCCUAAAUGCAGAAAAGACACAGACGAUUGUUUUCAGCCUCAAGAAUGGUAAGCAGCACGAUUGUCCUCCAGUAAAGCUCCUGGGUUUUAUGUUGGAUAGGAGACUUUCCUGGGAGGAGCAUAUUCAAGGUGUCUGUUGCAGGCUGAGCAGGAUCCUGUUCCUACUAAAGGGUCUGAAGAGGUGCGUUCCCGCGGCCUAUCUACGCAUGUGCUAUUUUGCUUUCUUCCAGAGUGUGAUGGCUUAUGGUAUCACACUUUGGGGCGGUUCCACCCAUGUGAGGAGGGUCCUGCUUUUGCAGAAGAGGGCACUUAGAAUCUUAUGCAAUGCUGAACACCUUGCCCAUUGCCGCCCACUGUUUAUACAAGAGGGUCUUCUAACUGUUUAUGGCCUUUAUAUUUUCAGAUCUGCUGUGAAUGCAUUUGGUGACCUGGAGGUCCAGCCUGUCAGGGGAGACUCCCAUGAGUACGGCACUCGUAACAGAUUACGGCUGGAUCUCCCAUACUGCAGGUUGGGGAGGACGCAAUCCAGUGUGGUCUACCUGCCGGGAAAGAUUAUAAAUAAGCUGCCCAUUUCAGUGAGGAGUUUACCUGUGGCUGCCCUAAAGCGAAGGUUGAAGCACUUCCUGCAGGAGAAUCCUUUCUACUCACUUAACGAAUUCUUUGAAUGUGACAGUGCACUGGAGAGUUUCAAUAGUGAAGGAAAUUGCUAGUGUUGGCAACUCGAGUGAAUGAUUUUUGGGCGUGAAAAUCCACUGGAUGGUUGAUCUGAUGAAAAUGGAAAUGGAAAUAACCGAAGUGGAAAUGGACGGCUAUGACAGCCAAGGAUGUCUCCAUGAGAUGUUUCGGAGACAAGCGAGGAAAACUCCCGACAAAUAUGCAUGUCAUUAUGUUGGGGUAAGUUUUUGUCUUUUUCAUUUUUUGGACUGUUUGACUAGUCCAGUAUCAAUGAUAGAUAGUUUACAUUCGAAUAUUUAGUACCAGAACUCAUUGAAUUCAAUAAUGAGACACAAUUUCCCAGUUUUUCAACAAUUUCUAUUAGUUAUUGAUAGCAUUUGUUGAAUAUGCAAGUAACUUACAUUGUUAUUGAGGAACGUUUCCAUAUUGCUUUUAAUGUACUUUAAUUCCUUUCCAUUAUUGUUUAUGAGAUAUGCAUAAUUACUAGUUUACUACAUAAUUUUCAUGCAUUUUUAUGAAGAUUAUUUUUCACAAUAAUAAGAAACUUUUUCAAAUUCAGUGUU